AUGUCGUCUGCGCUUCCGCCAGAAAAUAUCAGGGAUUUCUUAAUCUUGGAUACAGAGAUUCGAACCUUCGUGACCAACAGAGCUGAGGAAGCAGACCAGUGGGUGCGGGAGCAGGACGAGCCAGUGCGGCCGUGGAGGUCCAUCGGUCUCUCCUUCUUCUGGGAGGCUUGCUCCCUUCCCGACGGCUCCAUCACGCUGAGAGUCGACUCCAUCCACAUCUCCUUCCUGACUGACGUGCUGGUCUACCACCUCGGCUCAACGCCCAACGCCAUCCGCUCCUCCCGGCUCGCCGACUUCCUCCGCGAUCACCGCAACAUCUUCGUCGGCGAGGACAUCCGCAUAUGCAUGUGGGCGCUAGGGUUCCGAAGCCUCCGCAGGCACAACUUGAUGUCGGAGUUGACCGACGUGGCGCACUUCUACGGCCUCUCCUCAGGCGCCAUACUCGGCGGCCCGUAUCCGUUUCACGUGUCUCUGGCGGCGGUUAUUCUCUCGAACGAGGAUGAAGGCCUUCUUCUCUUGGCGGAUCUUCAGAGGUUUCUGCCCUGCAAUUGGCCGAUGAGCAACAUUCAGAUCGCGCUCGCCGCGCAGACGGCCUUCGUUAAUCAGCUGCUCGGCAUUAACUUUCACCCACUGGCCUUGGGGUAG